AUGGCACUUUACUGGAUCAGGCUAGCUAUUGCUAUCUGUCUCAUCACCCCCAGUUUGUGUUUGAACCCAGGAACCCAGACAGCUAGAUCCCGUCUCUUUGACCACGACCUCUCGGCUACGGAUAACUUACAGUCCUGGGAAGACUGGCAGGCAAAGCGCAACCUUGACGGUCACCACUGGGACGUUGGUCAGCUACCUCCUGGUACCUUCCAGAACUGGAAUGAGUGGUUCGCCAAGAGAGGAUUAGCCAUCCCUUCUGGCGCUGAUAACUUCGGGUUGUUCGAUAAAUCCAGGCUCCAGGAAUGGCAGGACUGGAUGGCCAAGCGAGGUCUCGGAACCAAAACUCCAUUUACAGGCUUUAGUGAUCUGGACAAAGGGCAGUUCCAGCAGUGGAAUGACUGGAUCUCCAAGCGAUUUUAUGACGUUGGCGGUGCUGGUUUCGGCCACGGACCUAGUACAAAUACAGGCCUUCAGAACUGGGAAGACGUCGUGAAGAGACAGAACUUUAUAUCUCCUUCAUCUGAUUUCAGAGGCUCGGGCAAGGCUUACUUCCAGGAUUGGCAAGACUGGGUCAAACGUAUGGGGCCUGACAAAGCAUACGCACUUAACGGCUAUCCGUCUGCCAAAAGCGAUCGCUUCAUUAAGCGUCAGUUGGGAUUCAGUCCUGAAAGAUUCGGUUCCUUCAGCCGCUACUUCACAGACGGAUUACAGGACUGGAGAUCCACCUUCAAAGGAAUGAAACGCGACAAAAACAAGACAGAACAAAAGUCAGAGCAACAAUAA